AUGGAAAACGGUGAAGAAGCUCUACGUGACGAUGAAUUACGUGCAACUACCGUUAAACUAUGCGUGGGAUCAACGUAUAGAGAUGAUCGAGGUUCGAUUGAACAGAUUUGUCCGGCAUUGUUGAUCCGGUCGCAGAAAGCAAUUCCCAAAUUAGUGAAGCACAUUUACAGCCAACUGGCUGCAUAUUCUUGUCAUAUCGAUGAGGGUAUUCCUGAUAUCAUCAUUUCGUUGAUUUCCGGUGAAAACAUUAUCGGUCUACAGAGACAAAAGCAAAUCGAGAAAGCUCUAUCACAAAUUGUUUUGAACUGUAAUUCGUGGCUUGUAAUAUCUGGUGAAGCACGUGAUCCGUUAGCUUCUGCUGCUGUUAAGACUGUGCGCGCCAAUGAAUCUUCGAAUUCAACAAACGUGGAAACUCUACUGCUAGUUGUAAAUGAUAUUAGCUGUGUGGUGAACGAUCAACAAACGUAUCGCGUCCCAAUGGUUGAUACUCAAUACAAAACAAUAAUGAUACUGUGGAUGGAGCAAUUGCUUCCGAUUAAGAGAUUAGCAUUGUUCAGAAGUCUUAUCGCCAUGAAAUUGUCAACACCACCACCUGCGCUACUAAUCGGUGUGCCACAAAGCAAUACUGCUUGUCGAUCACCGUCGCAAACUGUAUUGUUACCGCCUAGUGAACAUGAGAAUUUACCAGUACCGGUAGCACUAUUCUGUGGAGCUGAGCUAUCAUCACUUGCUGAACUUCGGGCGCAUUUGCAAUGUGGCAUUCCAGUGGUCAUUUUGCAGGAUGGUAGUGAACUUUGUGCUAUAUUGAAUAGUUCCUGGUUACUGUAUCGUAGUUCCGCAUUUCAUUUCGAAAGUUGGUUGGAAUGGUUGGAUUCGGAACUGCGUAGUUUGGCACCAAAUAGUCUUUUGCACGGGAAUCAAUUAAUUGAAGAAGCUAAGGAAAAUGUUAUUGCUUCAUUGGCUGCUGGUUGCGGAGAAGUACCAUUACUAGCUUUUAUACUUAUUGAACAGAUUCAUAGCUUACGUGGUCAUUUUCUAAAGUUGUGCAUGCAAAGUGCCAUUGACAUGAAUGACAUCCAUCGUUUGUUACGUCUUGCAGUAAAGCUCAAUGUUCCAUCCAUCAUUUUAUCAACCGAUCUUACCACACUUCGUACUAAUACGGACAUGGGCGAUCUUUUCGAAGAAGCUUUACUAUCAGACAAUCGAUUGAUCGUUUUAGCAGCUAUAUUAGAACAAAAUAUUUCAUUGAAAGUUUCAUUACAUCUGUUGACAAAAUUAAUGCGACAUGCUUCAGAUCAAGCAUUUUUUAAUAACAUCAUUGUUUCUCAUUGUCUGGGGAAAAAUUCGCCGGUGGUUGAAAUUGAUAUGACUUUCCUCGAAGAACUGGAACAACUUCUGAUUUAUUUAUCCGGUGGUGUUAAAAGUUUGCUGUCAGCAUCAUAUUUCCAUCAGCAUAUAUCCAGCCAAAAUCAAUCUCUUCAAAUAUUGGCGAUAUGGUCGGUACUAUUGAAUCGUCUCGAAUUAGCAAAAUGUCUGUGUGCAUAUUCUUUUGAACCAGUAUCAUCGGCAGUGAUCCUUGCACGGAUAUGUAAUUCGCUAGCUUUUGAGGUGCACGAUUAUCUUUUGUACGAAAAUGAUUUGAGGAGUGCAGCACGAUGGUUCAGUUCUCACGCUAGUGCAAUAUUAGAUGCUGCAAAUGCUGAAUCACCUCGGGAAACAUACCGUCUAUUAUGUUUACCAUUAGAACUGUUCGGUGGUUUGACACUAACAGAACUUGCACUCCAGACUAACAAUAAACAAAUUGUGGCUCAUCGAUGCUGUCAAAAAUGGAUUUAUCGACUUUUGUAUGGGAAACUACAGGUCGCUUGUUCGAAGGGUUUUGUACUUCUACCACACUGGUUGAAAAUUUUGCUUGCAUCAGUACUGGUAAUUCCAAUUCAAUGGUGGAUACGAUAUCGUGCACCAGAAAGUUAUUUUCAUGAUCGAAGCUCAGCUAUUAGUCCUACAGCGGCAUUUCUGCAAUUUCACGGUCAAGGAGACGCUAAAAGUUAUGUUCCCAGUAAAAAUAUACAGCGUGAUGAACUCAUCAUGCCAGCUGUUCAUGAUGAACGAUCACCAGGUGAAACGUCAACAAGUUCUUGUCUUCUAAUGGAAGGUUAUCAAUCAGUCGAAGGUCUGAUGCUAAGAGGGCUCGAUCUUGCAGCUUCUGUACCGAAGACAAAGCAUGAAGGAAGACGAGUUCGACGAACAAUCUCCUACUUAUCUAUUGGAACAUUCUAUUCUACACCAAUUGUUAAAUAUUGGCUUUCUCUUGUUUUUCGACUCAUUCAUAUCGUUUUGUUUGCAUAUACGGUAUCAUUGCCUGGUUGUGGAUCUCUCGUUCUGGAUACCUUAAUAUGGCUUUGGACAUUUUUAUCGCUCGUUGAGUCGAUUUGGGUAUUUUCGAAUCGCAUUCAGCGAGCUCCUUUGCGUCAGCUUCGUUGGCGUUUUUUUGAUAUUAUUGUGAUAGCGUUGCAUCUCUUAGUUAUACUCAUCCUCAAAGUGCUUUCGUUAACGAUUCCAAUCAGUUCGAUGCCAUUCCAUACACCGUAUGCGAUUCGAAUCUCGUCAGCAUUUCUAUUACUCUAUCUAUGUUACUCAACAUUAUUUCAUUUUGUCCCCUUAUCGCAAACAUUUGGCGCAUUUGUCGUGCGAGUUAAACUUAUGAUUAUCAGAGAUUUUUUCAAUUUUUUGAUACUCAUCGCUUUAGUCAUCGGAAGUAGUGCAAUAGCAGUCCGUUCAUUACUGUAUCCAGACCAAGCCUUAACCUGGUUAUUGAUUUCAAAGGCGUUUUCAUGGGCUUGGCUCUCAUUAUUUCAAGUUCAAUAUGAUGAGCUUCAAGAAUCAGAAUAUUGUAAAAAGACAUACAUCGGUGAUUAUCAUAAUCGCGACAGCUGUAUAGCAAUCGGUGGUUUUGGUGAUUACAGUUGUCCAACUCAAAACUGGGUCGGACAUCUAGCGGUACUAGAGUACUUUAUUGUCUUGAAGCUAAUUUGCUGGCCAAUCCUUUUUGCGUUAUUUUCCAAAACAGCCAAAGAAGUAGACAAUGAAGCCGACAAAAUCUGGAAAUAUCAACUUUAUUCACUGGUUGAAGAUUUGAGGUUUCGUCCUCCAUUACCACCACCACUCACACCAAUUUUCUUUCUCGGUGCCUCUUGCUGUCGAGCAUACGGUUGUUUCCUGAAUUCGUGUCACAGUCCAAAUAUGGUCAAUUUGGACCAUCCGGAUGUUGUUCACAAUCAACAGACUUCAAAAUUAUAUAAUACAGCAAAUCGAUUUACUAAUAAUACAAAGAGGAAUAUGUUAUCAGCUGAAUGUACAUCUUUGGAUUCUGAGUUUAGAGCGAAAUCCAUAAACCUGUGGAGUGAAGCUAUGAUCACAUCAGCAGACUCGGAUAUCAGUCUUAAAUGUGACAAUGAAAAUCGUCAGUUGCAGGAACAAAUUCGAUUGCUAACCGUAUCACAGUAUUUUUCAACAGCUUAUAAAAACACAAAUGACACCUGGAACAAUCUAUCGGAAAGUAUACCAUAUGAUCGGAUAACAAAUAUCCGGAAAUUAGCGGUGACGGAAAAAUACCGACCUCAUCAUAUUUUGAUAUCUAAUUAUUGCCCACCAUUUUAUUGUAAACCUAUUGAUGACUUUCCAAGUGAUAUGCAGAAGCACGUCGAUGUUUCAACACCAGAGUUCUUGACUUUGCUGCGGAAAUACUGGAAGCGAUGGCAACAAAAUAAAAUGCUGGAGUUGUUCUUGUUUUCACCACCGUUCACAGUUGAUGCAUCCGGUUUACCCAUGAAUCCGAAUGGCCGGCAAGGUAUUGCUGGACGUGGAAAUCAUAUGAAAUUUGGCGCCAACUUGCUAAAUGUUUACGUCUUAAUGCGAAGAACCAGUAAUAACCACUUGAUGAUUUUACUAGAAGGAAGUACAUUUCCUACUCGUUGGCGACUAAACAACGGGCAUUGUGAUGAAGAACUUCAGUUAAUUUUGCGAAACAAUUCGUUGAAUGGUUCAGAUAUUCACGUCUUCUCCAAUCAGAACUUGUUAAAUGUUGGUGAAACAAGCAAUGGUGUAGCACACGUGAAACGUGUGCUAGUACUGGAUGUACGUGAUACGGACAAUGCAUGGUUGGAGCAUGAUAUCUGGGCUGUUUUUCUUGGGUCACAAGUGCCUGAAACAGUAGCAACAUUUGGGACAAUGAACUGGCGGAACUGUAGUGAAGAUAUUUUAUCGAUCCGAGAUCGGGAAUACCUCAAUGCUUCCUUAGACUUCUUCACUGAUAUUCAGCAAUACAAAACCACAUGAUGUUUGGUGAAUACAUUGAUGAGUUGUAUAUAUAGCAAAAGAAUUUCUCCCGGAUAGAUGCACUAAACUAGGCAGUGCAGUCCAAUGGGAUCUGAAACUGAGGUCUAAGGCUAGAUAUCUCAAACUACGAAACUCUAUUCAGUACGUAGUUGACUUGUUUGUAAAUCUUCCGUGAAUGGUAAUGAAAUGAAAAUUUGAAUGUUGUGUACUGAGACAGAAAUAAAGAAGCGA